UGGCGGGUGGCCACCAUGGAGGAGAUGGUGAUCUGGGAGCAGCACACGGUGACGCUGAGCAAGGACCCUCAAAGGGGCUUUGGCUUCGCUGUCUCCGGAGGCCGGGACCGUCCCAACAGGGUGACCGGGGACACAGCAGUGGUCAUUUCGGAUGUGGUGUCAGGGGGACCGGCGGUGGGCCGGCUCCAGAGGAAGGAUCAGAUCGUAAUGGUGAACGGCCUUUCCAUGGAGAAUGUCUUGUCCUCCUUCGCCAUCCAGACACUUAAAACCUGCGGCAAGAUCGCCAACAUUACAGUGAAAAGGCCAAAGAAAGUCCACCUCCCCGCGAGCAAGAGCAGCCCCGAGUCCCCCACUGCGCCCCGGCGCUAUGACUCGGAUGAGGACUAUGGGUCACACGGUGCGGAUCCAGCCCUGCACCGCUCCCGGGAUGACCUGGACCACAGCCAGGGCUACGACGGAGACUCAUCCAGCGAGAGGAGCUCUGGCCACCACCGGGAUGACCGCCGCCACCACAAGCCAGUGUCCCGGAGCCGGAGGCGAAGCCAGGACAGCAGCCACUGGAGGCAGAGCCCCGGCAGCGGCUCAGAUCGGAGGGGCUACAGCCAGCACCGCUCCACCAACGGCUUCGGCCAUGAAGGGGACACCAACGGGCUGGCCCUGGUGUCGGGCUUCAAGCGGCUGCCGCGCCAGGACGUGCCAACGAAGCCCAUCACGUCGGUCCUAGUGAAGCAGAAGCAGAAUGAAGAGUACGGCCUGAAGCUGGGAAGUCAGCUCUUCAUCAAGCACAUAGUGGAGAGCGGGCUGGCAGCGAAGGGCAGCUCCUUGCAGGAGGGAGACCUCAUCCUGAAGAUCAAUGGGGUGGCCAGCAAGGACAUGUCCCUGGCUGACACCCAGCAGCUCAUUGAGCAGACGGAGGGGACCCUGACCCUGCUUAUCCUCCGGGACCACCGGCAGUUCCUGGUCAACAUCCCUGACAUAGACGACAGCCAGAGCGACAGCUCCCGGAUGGAUGAUAUCUCUGACAUCGACUCUGAACUGUCCCAUCCGCCAUCCCCUGAGACCUCCCCACGAUCUCCAGCUGCUGCCAGGAUGAGUUCACCACCGGAGAGGAGACGAUCGAACAGGGACCCUGCGGCCGACACGAUCGUUGACAAUGCUCGGGGCCCUGACCUGCUGGAAGCUGUGGAGGGGGAUGGCUGCCACGGCCCCCGUGCCAGCCCCGCUGCCCGAGCUGCCUGCAAGGACGGGUACAGCGCCGACGCCAGGGUCGUGCACUUCGUGAAGGCCAAGAGCGUCGGGCUACGGCUGGCCGGCGGGAACGACGUGGGCAUCUUCGUGUCAAGCGUGCAGGAGGGAAGCCCGGCUGACAGUCAGGGCAUCCAGGAAGGGGACCAGAUCCUGCAGGUGAACGACACCAGUUUCCAGAACCUGACCCGCGAGGAGGCCGUGGAGUAUCUCAUGAGCCUGCCGCCGGGCGAGGACAUCACACUGUGGACCCAGAGCAAGCAGGACAUUUACAGGAAGAUGAUCUCGUCCAAUGUGGGCGACUCAUUCUACAUCCGGACGCACUUUGACUUCGAGAAGGACACGCCGUCGGGGCUCAGCUUCGUCCGUGGGGAUGUCUUCCACGUGCUGGACACCAUGUACCGGGGCAGGCUGGGGAGCUGGCUGGCUGUGCGCAUGGGCAGGGACCUGAAGGAGCAGGAUAAGGGCAUCAUCCCCAACCGGAGCAGGGCCGAGCAGAUCGCCAGCCUGGAGUCGGUGCUGAAAGCCACGUCUGGUGCCAACUCCUCUGGGGCACGGGCCGAGUUUUGGAAGCUGCGGGGCCUGCGGGGAGCCAAGAAGAUGCUGCGGAAGAGCCGGGAGGACCUGUCUGCCCUCACAAAGCAGGGCCGCUACCCGCCGUACGAGAGGGUGGUCCUGAAGGAAGCCAGCUUCAAGCGGCCGGUGGUGAUCCUUGGCCCCAUCGCAGACAUUGCCAUGCAGAAGCUGAGCACGGAGCUGCCCGACCUGUUCGAGAUUGCCCUGAGCGUGCCCCGAGACGGGGCAUCGUCCAAGGUCAUCAAGUUGGACUCAGUGCAGCAGAUCGCAGAAAAGGACAAGCAUGCCUUGUUGGACAUCACGCCCUCGGCUGUGGAGCGUCUCAACUACGUGCAGUACUACCCGGUGGUGGUGUUUUGUGAGCCUGAGAGCCGGCAGGGCAUCAAGGCCAUGCGCCAGUGGCUGGCGCCCGACUCCAGGAAGAGCUCCCGGCGCCUCUACGCCCAGGCCAACAAGAUGAAGAAGUACUGCAGCCACCUCUUCACUGCCACCAUCAGCCUCAGCGGCAGCAGCAACACCUGGUACGAGGCGAUCAAGGACAUCAUCAGGACGCAGCAGAGCCAGCCUGUUUGGACGGCGGCGGAGCAGGCAGAUAUGGCACUGGAGGACAGUCUGGACCUGCUGAACCCACCAAGCGCGGCGGCCUCGGGCUACCUGACCUGCGACAGUCACGCCAACAGCGACUACGACGAUACAGAUGGCGAGGCGGGCGCCUACACCGACGGCGAGGCUGAGGACGCCUAUGACCAGCCCGGGCUGGCCCGCUCCUCCGAGCCAGCGCAGAUGUCCCCAAGCCACAGCCUGAGCGAGCAGGCGACCGAGCAGCAGCAGCAGGGCCAGCGCUACGACAGCAUCAGGGAAUACGAGCAUGACGCCGUGAGGAAGAGGUUCACACGGGCCAGGGACGACUCAGACCAGGACGAAGGCUACGAGUGGGGCCCAGCUACAGACGUGUAG